CACAUCCUAACGAACCGCGCAAAUUUGUUUCCUCGUAUUCCAUCGGUUGCAAACAGAUAACCGCCGUGCAUUGCGCUCGUUCAAGAGAUUCGUGAGCAGAAUACAAAAACAAACAAUCACCCGUCGUCGCAGCAUCGUUAGUUAGAAUAGCAUUCACCGUCGCUGUACGCCGUUAUAUAACAUCACGCUCGAUGAGUAUCGCCGAGGAACCGGCGGCGUUUAGCUUGCGGGAAAAGUUGUCACACAUUUUCCAACCCACCAGUGGCGAAGCAGCAUCAUCAUCAACUCGUUCGGUGUUCUACUCCAUCGAAAUCGCGGCAAAGGAUGACUUCAACAUCGACCAGCUACGGCGCCUCACUCCACGGCCUGUCUUUUGUUCCAUGCCCUGGAUCUCCGAUGAGAACCUGCGCUAUGAGGCCGACUUUGCGCAGAUGCCUUCCUUACGCCUGGCCGAUCAGCUCCGGCAGGAGCAGUUCACCGUCGUGAACCAUCUGUCCUGCUAUAAUCUCACCGAGGCGCAUGUGGACAAGCUACUCUCGAGCCAGCCCUCCAUUCGUAACAUGUUCAUCGUACGCGGUGAUACCGUCAAUCCGGACCAACGAUUCCUACAUUCUGCCCAGUUGGUGCAGCAUCUGCGACAAUACGAAUCGUCAAGGUCGGCGACGGCGGCGAAACUAACGAUCGGUGUCGGUGGAUAUCCAGGUGGCCAUGUGGAAUCACCAUCGCAGGAGGACGAGCUACGGCAUCUCGCGGACAAGGUUGCCCUGGGUGCGGACUUUCUGCUCACGCAAACACUCUACGAUGCGGCUUCCUUUUUCCGAUACCGUGACCGAUGUCGAGCGGCCGGUAUUACUAUUCCGAUCAUCCCGGGCAUCUAUCUGCCACACUCCUAUCGGCAGCUGCAAACGAUGCUGAACAUUACACGCGUCGCGAUGUCGCCAACGGUACGGGCCACCUUCGAGGAGCAUCGCGAUGAUACACCGGAAGCGUUCGAAGCAUUCGUCGUGCAGUACUUUGUAGAACUCGUGCGCGAACUGCUACAAUCCAAUGCUAUCGAGCCGGGCAGCAGUGAUUCUGUAGGUUUGAUUCACUUUUUCACCUUUAACAAGUUCAACCUGCUGGAGAAAGUAAUUAGUCAGUUGGAGUUUGCUCGACAAGAGAGAGUAGGAUCGUAGAGGAUUGCGGACACUUUUGGGAAUAAAAUACCUCAU